CAGUUCAGGAAGUUCUUGGAAAAGAACAAACGGUUUGUCUUGUCACGUGUAUGCAGUGCGAGCGCGAGCGAGACAUAUCCUGUUAUUAAUCAAAAACACGUAAUUUUUACGAAGAAAUGGGUAAAGGCCGAAAAAAUAAACCGAAAAAGAACUUCGCUGAGAAACGUCGUGAGAAGCAGAAGAAAAAGGAUGAAUGGAGUAGUGCUCCUCAUAAAAGCUACGCGGAUAUUAUUCGUGAGAACAAUGAUUUUGAGAACUAUUAUAAGACACAAGGAAUAGUACCAGAAGAUAAAUGGGAUGCGUUUAUCAGCACUAUGAGGACCAAUCUGCCAGUUGCUUUCCGUAUUACUGGUUCAAAAGCUGAAGCUAAAGCCUUAUUGGAAAUAAUCAAAAGUGAUUUCUUCAAAGGGAUUUUGAAUGCAAAUUUGGACGGCGGUGAUAAGGAAGACGUUAAUAGUCAAGCAAAAACCAUAUUACAUAGUUUACCCUUUUAUCCAGAAGAACUAGCUUGGCAAUUGCAAUUAACCAGGAAAGAUAUCCGACGAUCUGAGGCGUACUUUAGGCUGCAUAAUUUCCUUAUUGCUGAAACUAACAAUGGCAGUAUCAGCAGGCAGGAAGUGGUUAGUAUGGUUCCUCCUUUGGUUCUGGAUGUCAAACCUUCGCACAAGGUUCUCGAUAUGUGUGCGGCACCAGGAUCAAAGACAGCACAACUUAUAGAAAUGAUACAUGCGGACGAAGGAAAUGAUCCUCCAGAGGGUUUUGUAAUAGCUAAUGAUGUUGAUAACAAUCGAUGCUACAUGCUGGUGCACCAAGCUAAAAGAUUAAACAGUCCAAACAUUCUUAUUACGAACCACGAUUCAUCAGUUAUGCCAAACUUUAUGAUUACAAAACCAGAUGGUGCAAAAGAUAUAUUAAAAUUUGAUAGGAUACUUGCGGAUGUCCCAUGUAGUGGUGAUGGUACUAUGCGAAAGAAUCCAGAUAUAUGGUGCAAAUGGAGUCCUGCUAAUGGCAAUAAUCUCCACGGAAUUCAGUACAGGAUAGCAAAACGUGGCUUAGAAUUGCUAACAGUUGGUGGAAGGAUGGUAUACUCCACAUGCUCGCUAAACCCCAUUGAAAAUGAAGCAGUACUUCAUAGGCUUCUUCGUGAGACUGGAGAUUCAGUACAAUUAAUUGAUUGUAGACAUCUAGUACCAGGAUUACUAUGUGACCCUGGUGUCACACAUUGGAAACCAGCAUCUAAAAAUUUACAAUACUACGAUAGAUGGGAUGAUGUUCCAGAACAAUGGCAGACCCAAGUACGGCCGAAAAUGUUUCCUCCAGAAGCAAAUGAAGUUUCUAAGUUUCAUCUUGAACGUUGUAUGAGAAUAUUACCACAUCAUCAAGAUACUGGAGGUUUUUUCGUGGCCGUGUUGGAGAAAGUAAAAUCCCUGCCAUGGGAAGAUGAAACUUGUGUAUUAAAUCAAAAUGCACAAGACGCAAAUGAUAAUGAAAAGAAGGAAAAACAUAUUCUUGAAGAAGAAGCUUCGCAAGAUACAAAGCUUUCAGAAAGUGGAAAAAGAACAUUUGAAGAAGAAAAGAAAUCACGGGAACCACAAAAAAAGCGAAGAAGGAUUGUCGGUUACAGAGAGGACCCAUUUGUCUUUUUUAAAGACGAAACAGAAGACGUAUGGCAGUCUAUUAAAGAUUUUUAUGGUAUAUCUGACGAUUUAGAUCCACGUUGUUUAUUAGUGAGAUGUCACGAAGGAAAAAAGAAAAAUAUUUAUUUCACGUCGCCAGCAAUUCGUGAUAUAGUGAUCUCUAAUGAGAAUAGAGUAAAGAUGAUCAACACUGGUGUUAAGACAUUUGUGCGGUGCGACAAUAAAAAUAUGAAUUGCGCCUUCAGACUUGCUCAAGAAGGAAUGCAUAGUAUCAUUCGUUACAUAAGUGAUAACAGAAAGCUUGAGAUCUCGAAAGAGGAUUUAAUAAUGCUUUUACAAAAUGAUGAGCCACACACACCACCUGAAAUUGUAAAAUUAAGUUCAAACACUCAGGAACGUCUCAAGGAAUUUGCAACUGGAAGCUGUAUACUUUUAUAUAAAGAAGAAAAGACUGACAAUCUAAAUCGUCUAAAUCUUCAGCUGGUAGGGUGGAGGGGAAUAAUGUCUCUUAGGGCAUAUGUGCCUACUUGCGACGCAAUUCAUUAUUUACGGCUUUUAGGAGCGGAUUGUUCUAAAUUUGGUAUGUUUCUUGUAAUAACGUCAUACUAUUGUGGAAGAAUAUAUCUUAUUGUUUACAUUAUAAUUCUACAGAGAAAAAUAAAUUCGAGGAAAAUCGCGCAGCUGCAUUAGCCGAGGACGUCAACAACAGUGAUGUUAAAACUGAAUUUGAAACUGAAAUUAAAACUGAAGAUUAAUGAAAAAAGUACAACGAAGAACAAGGAUAGCAUAAAAAUGUCGAUGGUACAGAGAUGCCAAUUGAAACAUAAUGAAUAAUUGAAUUGUUCGUUGACAUAAUUAAGACUUUUCAACUUUUCUAAUUUCAUACACAUAUUAUACACGUAUAAAUUAAGUAAGAUUAAAUUACUAAGGACUUAAUUUUUCUUACUUAAGGGGAAUAUGUUAAUCCGAUCUGGUAAUAAUCGAGUAUUUAUACCGAAAAGUGUAUAAAUUAUAUUAUAAAUAGACUAAAGAAAAAAAUAUGAUUUUAUGGAAUAAAAACAUCGACGAUGAAAUGA